AACAAGAAAGGCAACCUGUUGCGUGUGUGACGCCGUCCCGGAAUCAUUUUCUUUUCGUGCUUCAUUUUUUUGGUUGGAUUCAUUUUUUGGGUUCGCUGUUUUUUGAUUUUAUCCUUCCAGAAAGCUUCCGGUGGCGCGGAGUUCGGUCUCAGUUUGUAAUGUUUGUGGAAAUGUACCCGUUCGUUGUGAUUUUAUGUUAUAAAUUUUACGUGUGCCUCGAGGAAUAGUGUUUUAAACGUGAACAAAUUCUACGUGCAUGAGAGAGUGUUGUGCUGGAACUGGGAGAUGAGCGUAAUGGCGACGACGACGACGGCAAAGAUGAAACCAUCAACAACAACAACUGAAUUUCUGCCCGGAGACGGGGCGGAUUUGGGUUCGCAGAAGAAACUGGCCAGUGUCAGCAGUGAACAGGAACAGGAUGAUCUGGAUCUAUUCCUGAGUGAAAUCACAGUGCAAUUUGAUGACGGAGUGCAAACAUUGUACGUUGGCCCCGUCGAGAUUGUUGAUGAUGAUGAUGAUGAUGAUGGUAAUGAUGACCAUGACGACGAUGGUGACGGCAAAGGUAGUGAUGAUGCAGAAGGUGAAGUUACUCCAAAAGUUGAACAAACAUCAGAGGUAGAUAGCAUGACCGAACCUGAGCAGCAACCAAUUGCAGAUGCCUCCCCCACUUCGGCCCAAGAUAGUGAGGUCGUACAGCAUGAUGACGUCACUGAACAAGACGCCGAUGUUGAUCUUAUAAUCUCAGAAGCAGCAUUAGCAUCAUUAACACCAGCCACGGGCGACGCGGCGGAAGCGACUCAACCAGAAGAAAGCAGCAUACAACAACUACCACAGCUUCCGUUGGCGUUGAUUACUACGACUACAAUUAUGACAACGACGCCGCCGCCAUCACCACCGCCACAACCGGCGAGUGAUGGUGAUAUUGCUGUUGCACCGGCUGGGGGUGGGGAACCUCCCAAGGAGGCGGUAGAUUCAGCAAACGACGACCGUCUCCAUCAUUUGACAGCAGCUGCUGUUGUUAUUGAUCCGAAAAAUGGAGAAGAUUCGCAGACAGUCUCGAAUGAAGAUCUGAACAAACAACCAGACCUCAAUGCGAAAACAUCUCCGCUGAAGUCUUGUUCUACAACGCCAACAGCAGCGUCGCUACCGUUCGAGAUCGUAACGUCCCCGGUGAAGACUACGGCCAAGCCAACGGCUAUUAUUUCACCCACCACAAAGCGCAAAGAUUCGGAAGAUCCGCAGCCUGAGCCACAGCAACAGCGGGAACAGUCACCUCCAGCGGAACCACACUCACCGCUAAAUUCACCAUCCAAGCAGCCGAAAGUUGCCACGGAACAUCCGAUCAAAGAAGAGAUCAAGCAGCUUUCGCCGGUUGUUCCAACCGCUGCUACCGAGGAGAAUCGAUUGGUUAAGAAGCUGGAAGAGGAACAACAAGCAUCGAGGGAAGCACAACUGGUCGAAGAGGAAGAGGAAGAGGAGAGUCCCGAAGGGGAGCUUAUUGUGCCGGACGUGAUAGUGCCCGGAACGUACGAUAAGGAUUCUUCGCCAGCCGGCAGCGAUAGCGGAAUCGAAAAUGAAGGUACGGAUCUGAGUAAGAUUGCCUCACAGGAAGAGGAAGAAUCAGAGUUGACACUGAACGAGACUGUAAAGAACAUUCCAGGGGAAAUUAUCGUAGGCGGAAGCGACGAGGGCCAGGGAGAACUGGUCGCGAAAGAGAAUACUCAAGUGGUAGUACUAGAAGAAAUAGUGAUUCAGGGGGCAAAGGGUAAGCUUAUUAAGUGUGCACAAUGUGCGAUGUGUUUUAGGAACGAACUGUGGUACAAGAAGCAUCUGAUGAAUUACCACGGCAUUGAUCUGAGUAACAUUGCUCACUUCCUCUCGAAUCUGCAAACAUUGGAUGAGGGCAUUCAGGAUGGAGACGGAACAACGGAGCAGGAAUUCGAAGGGUUCCAGCUGCAGGAGGAUGAGGCGCCCGGUGGCAAUAAUGAUGCAACCGAUAAGACUGAAGAUGCUGGAGAGAGUAGCAAGCGAAAGAGUGAAGAGUAUGCGAAGGAAGCCGUCAAGAAAGUUCGUGAGCAGGACGCUUCGUCAACGCCAAGUCCGGCGACGUUGCAAAUGUACCCGGAGGUAAAAUUGUCCACCAGCAAUGGAAAACCUAAGGCUGGACGACGGCGUAAGGAAAAAUUGGUUCUAAUAAAUUCGGAUGCAGAUAUGCGAAUCAAACAUGAGUACGGUCCGGCGGCUGUUCAUUCGGAAGAAUCAACGAGUAGUUCGUCGCAAUCGUCGCAGCCUCUGAUGAACAACAUGUUCGUUGUUAAAUAUCUCGAACAGGCAGCUAUGAUGGCCGGAACCAGCGGAAUGGUAGAUAUGCCAGGCAUGAACAAGGAAAAUUCCAAAUACAGCCAAAUGAAGGAUCCGCUGUCCAUCGAAGAACUUGACGAUGGGAUGACUCCCUUCGAGCGAUCGAAGAUCGUCGAAACAAGCAACGAAGAUAAAACAACGUUUACAUGCAGUAUUUGCGAAACCGCAUUCGAAGAUCGUCAAACGAUCCAAGACCAUGUGAAUAUCGUCCAUAAAGACGUGAAACGGCGCAGCUGUCCGCACUGUGGUCGGACAUUUACCCAAACCGGUGACCUAACGCGGCACGUACGAAUUCACACCGGAAUCCGGCCGUUCAAAUGUCCCUUCGACGGGUGCGAAUAUGCAUUCAUCUCGUCCGGCGAUCUGCACAAGCACGUCCGUCGGCACAAUCAAAUGAUCAAUCCCAUCCCCAAGCCACACGUUUGCGACAAAUGUGGCAAGGACUUCGAACGGGGCUACGAUUUGAAGCGACACAGCUCGAUGCAUGCCAAGGACGACCCGAACUUCCGGGGCUUCAACUGUGAACUGUGCGGUAAAAUGUUCGCCCGAAAGGACCAAUACCGAGCCCACACAUAUCGGCACAUUGGCUACAAGCCACACAAAUGUGCCCAAUGCGACAAAACCUUCUCCGAUGCCAGCAACUAUGCCAAGCAUGUUAAGGUUCACGUCACGGAUGGAAUGGAGCUAUUUUGUCAUCAUUGCGAGAAAGGAUUUAAGAACAAGAUGGCCAUCUCCAAGCACGUCCUCCGGUGCAAGUACAAAUCGUCAACACGCAAAACAUCCUCGCGAAAAAAGAAGCAAACCAUAAUCAAGAAGGAGGAGCCUGAGCCUGAGUUGGGACUGAAGUCGCGGCCGGAGGUGGAACCGGCACCCAGCGUCAGCACGAUUUAAUCAAUCUCUCCGAGGCAUAGCUCGCUUCGCAAAUAUCAAGUACUCAGAAAAUGGAAGGUAACAUUAAAAUGGCAGCAGCGACAACAGCAAUAGCAUUGUAGCAGAAGGUGUGUACCCGGAAAUCUCCCGCCCCUAUUGGUAGGUUUUAGUGAGUAGCAGGGGAGUUGUCUACUUAAUUAUUAUUUUUUUCUAGAUUUAUGUUAGAACUAGUGAGUGCGGAACUGAAAGUUUUCCUCCAACAAAUCGCUCUUAUUUUUUAUAAGCGUACCUAGUUUUACAAGUCCGGUUUAUUAUCUGUAACGUUUUACUUCUUUGUAGCCCCCUGUCCAGAGGGGUUGCACAGCUGGAACUGAAAAUGGAAGACAUCCUUAUUUUUAUAACGACCUAUUUAUUAUUGAGUUAGCAAAACUGCAAUCAGCAAUCACUAAACAAAAACACGCUACCGUGAAGGUACCAUAUUAGACGCAGUUGAGGAAAUAUAAAAUUAAAUGUUUAUGUAAAAAAUCAACACUCUUUGAACUUUUGCGGGCCACUAUUUGAAAUAUCUAAUAAUAGGGGAAAAAUAUACAACUGGCUAAAUUUUUUUGAAAAACUAACUUGAUAUCGUACACCGUGUGCCUAAUAAUUAAGCACAAAUUUUCUUAUGUUCCUAAUUUGACGCACUAUAAAAAAGUAAUAGAUUCAAUCAAUAAUGAUGGAUUGUUGCAGAUUUCGUUAAAUACGUAGCGGGUACAUAACAUUCUAAAGUUUAUUUUAUGAGUUAUGGCUUUUACGGAACAUAUUUAGACCAUGUCGUAGACAUAGCUUUAUCGACCAAGCAUAGCCAUGUUAAACUUGCAUUCUGGUUUUUCGUGAAUAUGUCAUAAGGUUUGCAUUGUCCAUGAAAGAGCCAUUUAAUCAAAUCAAGACAGUUCUUCCUGUUGAUCUUUAAAAAAAAAUAGUAAUGUGUUAUCAAGAAAGAUUAAUCAGUGCAUAUCUAGAGAUUUUGAGACCUUUCAGUGAAUGGGCUAGGUUUGGAACAUGAUAAAUAACGGGUCCCAUACAGUUGAUCCAAUUGUUAAUUGAUUUUCUGAUGAUUUGUCUUUCUUUCGGAUUCUAUGUUUUGGAC